AAGGUCGACCGCAUGCGGCUCGAGGCCUUCUCGCGAAGACGUCGAUCCAGCCGCGGUGAAUUCGUUCGACUGUUUUCAUCGUCUGGCAGCUGUUAUCCAGCUCCGUUUCUCUGCAGCAUUCACUGCUCCGCGUCCCGGGGCGCGACUGCUUACAUUUAUCGAUUUAAACCAAGUCUCGAUAUGAUGGAGCAAAUGACGGAGAACGAUGUAGACGGAAUUGCCGACGAGGAUAACGGAAAAAGGUUAUAUCCGAAUACCGAGAUAAGCAGUGAUCACGAAACUUUUGCCCCGAAGGAUGAGCAAUUUCAAGAAGCGGAGGAAAGAGACGAGCCGGAAGAAGAAAGGGGCAUUUACAGAAUGGAUGAGUUUUUUAUCGGGGAAGAGAAACUGGAGGAACGUGAGUACGAAGAGGAAAGAUAUGAAGAACAGAGCCUCGGAGACGAGGAAGUGGAAGACGAGAGGGCUGUACCGGCCGCUGCGACAAUCUCCGCGGCAGAAAAGCCCGAAGAGGAAGUGCAAGAUGCGGCGGAGGCCGAUCACGUGCUCGCUGAGAUACCAGUCGAGGUUCGCAUAAACUUGUCAUUCUGCGUCAUUCUACCCGUGGAAUUACUGCACCUCACGACCUUCGUAAUAUUCUAA